GCAGCCGUUUGGGUUCAGUGAGGCAGCGGAAGAUGAAGCUGGACUUGGGACCUCGUGCAGCUGGCGGACCUCGAUUUGGAGGUGCGCGAUUCGAGCGCCGCGCGAUGCUGCAAAUCCUCACUCGACUUGAUUCUAUAUGGCGACCGAAUUUUCUGCAUCUCGGAACCCGAAGCCCGUCGGGUGAGCUGAAUCCAGGUGCUACUUAAUUCGCUUUGCAGAGGGCGGAGCGAGGAAGGACGAGGAGGAGGAGGGUGUUUGAGGAUGAUGGACUGCGAGGACGAAGGCGAGAUAAGAGAAAUUGAGGCGGGACCGACGAAGCAGAUAGAUGCUGUGAGAGCGAGUCAAUAAUUGUUGGUAUCCAAGUGCCGAAUUCCAGGCUCAUUCUACCCAAUGGGAAGAAUGGGAGAGAGUACUGCUCUGACUGCUCCACUGCUCUCGGACCGGCUAGUGGAAUCCGGUGGAGCCCCGCAGCAACCGCAGCAAAUUCGAGCGGAGGAAGAGAAUGGAAACAAGAUUUUGAACGAGGAUUGGAAAUGUGGUACGGAUGUAUGUGGAAUAGCCAACAAUAGUGAAGCUGCCAUAGAAGAACGAUCCGAAGCAACCAAGAAGCUGAGUCGUGCAGUUUACUUUUGCGUCGUGUUUAUGAUCAUAGAAAUUAUCGGGGGAAUCAAAGCAGGCAGUCUAGCAGUUCUUACAGAUGCAGUUCACUUGUCGUCCGACGUUGCGAGUUUCGCCAUAUCUCUUUUUGCAGUGUGGGCUGGAGGCUUGGAGGCCGACCGUCACCGCCACUCGUUCGGGUUUUACAGAGCGGAAGUGUUGGGCGCGUUAGUCUCGAUAUUGAUCAUAUGGUUGAUCACUGGAAUUAUAGUGUACGAAGCAGUUGACAGGCUUUUCACCGAGCAGGUUGCAAUCGAUGGUCGGUUAAUGUUCAUCGUAGCCUCGCUCGGACUUCUUGUUAACCUCGUGAUGAUGUUCUUGUUGGGACAUGACCAUGGACACGGAGGGCACGGGCACGGGCACGGGCACAGCCAUGAUCAUGGGCAUGACCACGAACACACAAGUGCUCAUGAACACGGAAGCCAUCACGGUCACGAUCAUGCAGAUGAGGAGCAUCACCACGACGAAGCACACCCGGAGCACGACGAGCACGCAGCUCUUAUGGUGGAAGAAGCACUGAGUUCUGACCCAAAUCAACACAGGCAGGAGUGCAAGCGACAGAAUCUUGUCGUCAAGGGUCAUGAUCGAAUCAUUGUCUGCAUUUGUGAUGAAGCCGACGGAUCUUUUGAGCGAAGGUUGACCAUUAAUUCGACGUCAAGUGAACACGAAGGUCGGCACACUGGUUCUAGUGGAAGAACAGAAAAUGUCAAUGUGCGCAGCGCAUACUUACAUGUCUUAGGAGACCUGAUACAGAGCAUUGGUGUCAUGAUUGGAGGAGCAGUCAUAUGGUGGAAGCCCGAGUGGAAGAUAGUAGAUUUGUUAUGCACUUUUCUCUUCUCCAUCAUCGUUCUGUUGACCACGUUGAAGAUGGUCAGUGAUAUUCUGGCAGUCUUGAUGGAAAGCACCCCGCGAGAAAUCGAUGCCAAACUCCUGCAAAAGGGUCUGGAAGCUAUCGACGGAGUAAUUGCUGUGCACGAGCUCCACAUAUGGGCAAUUACUGUUGGGAAAGUAAUCUUGGCUUGCCAUGUCAUGAUCCACCCUGAGGCCGAGUCCGAUGAGGUGCUGCAGAAGGUGAUUCACUACUGCGACUCCAAGUUCAAUAUCAGCCAUGUUACCAUACAGGUUGAGCGAAGAAAGCAAGCUGCACUACAAAAUGCUCCUUCAGGAGAAGGCCAUGCUCACGACCAUGAUCAUGACCAUCACCACCACGAUCAUCCCUAAGGGGCAGACACAGAGAGAGAAAGAGACAUGGAAAGAGAUAGCUGGUCACUUGAGAGCCUCAAUUUCACUGACGAGGGACGUCAUGGAAUUCCUCCCAUCUCUUCAACGAAAUUGGGUUCUGCUUCAUUGAAGGUGGGGAGUUCUGAAUGGUUGGGGAUGCAUCGUACGUCUAGGAUCAGAGCUUUCUCCGCAAGACAACGCAAACAGCGUAAGCGUAAGCAAGCAAGUGUGAGAAAGCUUUCCACAUGCUUCUUCUAGUGCUGUACUGUACUUCAUCAUCGGUGGCCGAACUGGUAUGAUGAACAUGUGGGACUAAUACCUGCGAGAUUGUUGCUGCCAAGCGCUUCAUAUGGUAACCGCGCUUGCCCAUAUUGGGUGAUGUGUACAUAUGACUCUAGAUCUGUGAGGAAGAAAUAUGAGAACCUAGCGCCAUGCUUUACCCGGCACAUGACAGGAAUCGAUAGAGAGUGCAUCAUGUGGAUUGUAAGGACAAUAUGGAUGGAAUGUUGUGCGCGGAUCAACCUUGGUUGUUGAUAUCGAUGUUUCUGUGAUUUUCAAUACAGUAACCAUUUAAAAAAAAUGAUUGUAAAAGUAUAUCAAAGCAGAAAAAACCCC